AUGUCGCGGCUGAAGGGGUUAGCGGGGCGGGAUACCCGAGCGGGUUUCCGAACUGAGAGCAGAGACUGCAGUGCCUGCGUACCCCAGGGACUCUUAAAGGCGGCUAGGAAGAGCGGCCAGUUAAAUCUGUCGGGCCGCAACCUCAGCGAAGUGCCUCAGUGUGUUUGGAGAAUCAAUGUGGAUAUCCCUGAGGAAGCUAAUCAGAAUCUUUCAUUCAAUGCUUCUGAGCGAUGGUGGGAGCAGACAGAUUUGACCAAACUAAUCAUAUCAAAUAAUAAACUUCAGUCACUUACUGAUGACCUCCGACUCCUUCCUGCACUGACUGUUCUUGAUAUACAUGAUAAUCAGUUGACAUCCCUUCCUUCUGCUAUAAGAGAGUUAGAAAAUCUUCAGAAACUUAAUGUCAGCCAUAACAAGCUGAAAAUACUCCCUGAAGAAAUUACAAAUCUAAGAAAUCUGAAGGGCCUGUAUCUCCAACAUAAUGAACUCACUUGCAUACCAGAGGGGUUUGAACAACUUUCCAACUUAGAAGAUUUAGAUCUUUCAAAUAAUCGUCUUACAACUGUUCCUGCUAGUUUUUCUUCUCUGUCCAGCUUGGUGCGUCUCAAUCUUUCCAGUAAUCAACUGAAGAGUUUGCCAGCAGAGCUAAGUGGAAUGAAAAGAUUAAAGCAUUUGGAUUGUAAUUCAAAUCUCUUGGAAACUAUUCCUCCUGAAUUGGCCAGCAUGGAAUCACUAGAAUUGCUAUAUUUGCGAAGGAAUAAAUUACGUUUUCUACCAGAAUUUCCUUCUUGUAAACUAUUAAAGGAAUUACAUGUAGGAGAAAACCAGAUUGAAAAGUUAGGGGCAGAACAUCUUAAGCAUCUGAAUUCUAUCCUUGUGCUAGACCUGCGGGAUAACAAGUUAAAAUCUGUUCCAGAUGAAAUUACACUCCUGCAGUCUUUGGAAAGACUUGAUCUAAGCAACAAUGAUAUUAGUAGUCUGCCCUGUUCAUUGGGAAGACUUCAUUUGAAAUUCCUGGCACUUGAAGGAAAUCCUUUGAGAACCAUUCGAAGAGAAAUUAUAAAUAAAGGAACCCAAGAAGUCUUAAAAUACCUACGAAGCAAGAUUAAAGAUGAUGGACCUAGCCAAAAUGAUUCUGUUACUGAGACUGCCAUGACACUGCCAAGUGAAUCUAGAGUCAAUGUGCAUACCAUCCUCACAUUAAAAAUGUUAGACUAUAGUGAUAAACAGACAGCUUUGAUUCCUGAUGAAGUGUUUGAUGCGGUAAAAAGUAACAUUAUCACUUCGAUUAACUUCAGUAAGAAUCAGCUAUGUGAAAUUCCCAAAAGGAUUGUGGAACUGAAGGAAAUGGUUUCUGAUGUCAAUCUCAGUUAUAAUAAGCUUUCCUUUAUAUCCUUGGAAUUAUGUACACUUCAAAAAUUGACUUUUUUAGAUCUCAGGAAUAAUUUUUUAAAUUCUUUGCCUGAAGAAAUGGAAUCAUUGACACGGCUACAAACUAUCAACCUUUCCUUUAAUAGGUUCAAAAUACUACCUGAAGUUCUGUAUCGAAUUCCCACACUUGAAACAAUUUUGAUUAGUAAUAAUCAAGUUGGAUCUUUGGACCCUCAGAAAAUGAAGACAAUGGAAAAUCUGAUCACAUUGGACCUUCAAAAUAAUGACCUCCUACAGAUUCCACCAGAGCUUGGUAACUGUGUGAACUUAAGGACAUUGCUACUAGAUGGAAAUCCAUUCCGUGUUCCUCGAGCAGCCAUCUUAAUGAAAGGAACAGCUGCUAUUUUGGAAUAUUUGAGAGACAGAAUUCCUACUUAA